UGCCACCUGUCAGUGCCCAUCAAUGCCAGAUUCAGUGCCACCUAUCAAUGCCAGUCAGUGCCACCUAUCAGUGCUGCCAAUCAGUGCCACCUAUCAGUGCGCAUCAGUGCUGCCUAUCAGUGUCCGUCAGUGCUGCCUAUCAGUGCCGCCUAACAGUGCCAGUCAGUGCCACCUAUCAGUGCCAGUCAGUACCGCCUAUCAGUGCCACCUAUUAGUGCCAUAUAUGAGUGCUGCCUUUCAAUGCCCAUCAGUGCCACCUACUAGUGCCUCCUCAUCAGUGCCACCUAUCAGUGCCCAUCAGUGCAGCCUAUCAGUGCCCAUCACUACAGCUUCAUUA